CCCUAAAGUUUCACUCCUCCCGCUCUCUUUCCUCUCGCCGUCGCCGUCGCCGUCUCGUUUCUUCUCCUUGGGCAAAAGGCAGGCUACCCUUUUUCUGUGUCUCCCCUCCGUUUCCCACCCCGAAACCUGAUCGCCGAGGACCACCGCGGGAGUUCCUCUCCACCCGUUCUCCUCGCGCUCCGUCGCACAAGUACUCAUGAAGAAUCAAGAGGCCUUCAAGUCGGGAAAUCUGAUUUCAGACAAUGAUUCAUUAUUAUCAGAUUGUAACAUUGAUGCAGGCAAUAGCGUUGACAAUGAUACAUCCUUGCGUGAGGAGCUUCUCCUUGAGGAGAUGGAGUCUUAUUGGGAUGACCUCAACUCCCGUCUUACUGUCUCAAGAAUGGUAAGUGACUCUGUCAUCAAAGGGAUAGUAAAUGCAAUAGAACUGGAGGCAUCUGAGAAAGUUGAUACAAAGGAAGCAGAGAUAUCAGCUUUGAAAAAGAGGUUGCAGUUUUAUGAGUCUGUUAUGGCUGAUGAGAACAGGAUAGAUGCGACCUCAACAAAGAUGUUAGAAUCCCAAAGGGAAAAAUCAGGCUUGUUUUUUCACUCUUUGGAUCAAGAUGUGGUGAGCAAUUGUGUUCGACAUCUCAGUCAAAUAAAGGUGGCUGCACAAGAUUAUCUUAAAAGGCCUAAGAAAGAAACUAGUAAUCUAAGGGGUGGCCAUACUUUAUUACAAUCCAAAGUGUGUCCUGUGGAUAAGGAGUUCUGCAGCAUUCUUGCUCAGAAGUUGAAUGUUAUAGAUGGAUCUGCUGAUGAACUGGAAGCAGUACUCAUGGCAACACACCAGGAAAUUUAUGAUACAUGCUUCUCGUCCGAGUAUUUAGUAAAUGAGCAAUUGUGGGAACACAGGUUUCAACAAGAAGUCAUUAGCAUUAUGGUUCAGAAUCUAGUAAGGGAAGAUCAAGAUGAUAUUGAAGCAAAGAUAAGUAAACAAAAGAUUCUUGUAGACACAUUUACCAAGAACUGGCAGAAAAACAUUAAUGAUCUCUCCACCAUGCACCAAGAGCUUCAUGAUAUUUCUGCAUCAUUACUGACCUCAGAGUCAGGGUUAGCAUUCUCACGUCAUAGCCCUGAAGAUGCUGUGAAAUUGACAACUACUGACACCUCACAUUUAAAUCAUAUGACAAAGGCUGAACUGAUAACCAAUUAUAUAACUCAAAUGGCCAAUAUGAAAAGACAAUAUGACUUAGCUUUGCAAGAGAAGACAGAGGAAUUGUACAUCUUCAAGCGUGAAUUCCUUAGGGAAAAGGGAUGUAAUGCUCUACAAUAUAGAAGAGACAAGGAAGGUGAACUGUUAAGGAAGAAAAUUAUUGGGUUUAUCUCAAUGCUGGAUAACAUUCUCUUAGAGAAUGAAAAAUUGUCUGUUGUCCAAAGUCAGCAGAACAUGUUACAUAAUCUGAGUCAGAGGAUCGGUGUCCUGCUACUUGAAAACCAGCAGCUAAAAUAUUUGUUAGUAGAAAGGCGAAUGGAAGUCAUUCAUGUUGCUGCACUGGUUUCAAAUGUCAUAAACCGAUCAGCAAAUUGUUCAGAAGUAGAGGAAGACCUCUUGGAGCAUCAUAAGGAGUUCAAGUCGGAUGCAGAAGAUAGGAUAACAGAAACCAUGAUCAGAGACAAAAUAGAGAAGAUUCUUCUAAGAGAAUUAGUUGAUGAACUUGAAAUUGGCAUCAAAUACUUAGAUUUGGAGUGCAAGAUGUCACAGGAUAUCAGUUUCACUUUGUGUAGGAAAUAUUUAGAAGAUGUCGUUUCUAGCAUUAAUUCCUUUGUCGAGAAACAUUACAGAGAGAAGGAUUCCUUUGCAACAUUAGUUGUGGAAAAGGAGAUGGCACUAUCUUUGCUGAUGGAAGAAAACGAGAAGUUGAAGCAGGAAAAAGACUUGCUAUUGACAUUAAUUAAUGAAAAAGAGAAAUUAUUAUUUGAGACUGAGGUUAAGGCAAUGAAGCAAAAGGAGUACCAUGACAAUGUGUGCCAUGAGCUUAAUAAGCUGAGAGAACAGCUGGGAAAUCAAUCACUUCAUAUUUCAGAUUGUAAGAAAGACAAUGAUUCAAUGAAAGAAAAAUUGGCUGAGAUGUUGAAGCAAGUUCCACAAUAUGAAGCUGAGUUACGAAAAAUAAACCAAAAAUAUAAAGUUGCAUUGGAUUCUCUGGAGAAACUAGAAAAACAAAAGAACUUUCUUCAUGAACUUGUCGAAGAAAAGCAAAUGAAACUAGAAUUAGCUGUUGCUAGAGAAGAGGAGCAUUCAAAAUUUAUGACAACUGUACUUAGUUCCAUCAAGGAGUUAUCAGAAACCAUUUUGCAAUCUGAAUGCAGUUUGACUAACAAGCUUGGAACUCAUGAAUCAAGGUUAGAAUUUCUUGGCCAUCAAUUCAUUGGCCUUUUUCAACAGGCUAACUACCUUAAGAGAGAGGUUUGUUGGUAUAAGCAAGGAUUUGAAAGAAGAUGUGCUGACCUUCAGAAGGCUGAACAUGAGGUUGAUCUGUUAGGUGAUGAGGUUGAUGUUCUCUUACAUCUUCUUGAGAAGAUACACGUAGCGCUUGAACAUUACUCUCCAGUUUUACAACACUAUCCUGGAGUUGUGGAGAUUUUGAGAUUGAUUAAAAGAGAAAUAAAAAGCAAUACUAUUUGAUUGACUUGACAAUUACCUUACUUUUGUUGAUGCUUGCGCCAUAUGGACUCCGAGCCAUUGGAAAAGCUGUAGAAAUUUUUGACUAUGAGUUCUGAAGCCAGUCUACAGUGACUCUUCAGAUAAGUGUUUCUGUUUUUGUGACAGCCAGACUUGUUUGUGAUGCCGGAAUAUUCAGAAAGUCCUCCCCGCACCCCAAACCCCCCCCACCCCCCCCCCCCCCAAACCUUCCAGAGGUUACAUGUAUGACUGAUACAAGUUAGAGAGAAAAAAACAUCCACACAAUAGGAAAUUGAGGUUUGGAGGAUGAUGGAAGAACAUUUGAUCUUAUAGACUUGAAAGCAAUAAGAAUCUAUAACCUGCCUUUUGGUUUGACUUUCGACAUCGACUGGGAUGUUCUCCUUACAUUUUUUCACUCCAGGGAAGAGCCACCCAAUUGUUUCACUCCAGGAGAUGUUCUGGUGAUAUAGUGAUUUAUUAGUACUUGAUGAUUAAAUGAGAGGACGCAAGAAAACACAGGAGCAGCUCGAUACCGAGGACGAAAGGACAAUGAACAUACACAGCAUCAGGUUAGUUGACCUUGCUCGAUACUUCUAAAAAUAUCCUAUUAAAUAGCAGCUCUAGAGGUCACUGUUGUCUUCUUACAAUCAAUCUGCAGUCUCUCAAGAUUAGUUAAACUUCUGCAGAAUAUUUGUUCUAUUUAUUUAUCUUGUGCAUCAAGGGACUUGUUGAACACUAAUUAGUAGAAAUAGGAUAAACCAUUUUUGUCUUGCUGAGACGUGAAGCUGAAUACUAGCCGGUGGGUUUCAGAUUGGCUCAUCUACCACACAAUUGCUGCCUUAUUUAUUUGCCACAUAACUCACCUGCUGUAAUUGGGUCUGCUCAAUCAGUGAUUGACUGCAACUGCUCAAUUGCCAAACUCACUCAUCACUAAAAUGAAUCUAUUUUUUUUUCUUUUUUUGUGAAAAGAAAAAAAAAGUGUACCGUUAGAAAAUUAAUCUUUCUGUGUUAGUGUCAAAUUUGAUGGAGUUUGAUCUGAGCUGAUCUACUUUUGUAUAAACAUGAUAUUAUCAAAUUUGAGAGGA